AUGGCUUCGUACAGACCAUUUCAUCCGCCGCCGCCGCCGCAGCCAGCAUUUGCUCAGCCGCCGCCGCCACCUCCGCCAAAUCAAAAUCCUUUGCAGCCUCCAGCACCACCGCCACCACCGCCAUCACGUGGCGGCAAUCAGUUCCGAAAUGAACUUCCCGAUCCAUCUGCAAAGGCGAAGCUUUUGGUUAUGAAAAGAGACCCCGAUCGAUACUGCAAAUAUCAAAUUACAUCGCUGGAGAAAAACUGGAAACCGCAGCUGUACGUUGAACCGGAUCUAGGAAUACCGCUGGACCUUCUUGAUCUGAGUGUCUACAAUCCUCCCAAGGGUGAAAGGAUACCCCUCGAUCCAGAAGACGAGGAGCUUUUACGUGAUGAUGAUCCUAUAACCCCGAUCAAGACUGACGGCAUAAAAGCGAAAGAGAGGCCCACAGACAAAGGUGUUUCUUGGCUUGUCAAAACUCAGUACAUUUCUCCUCUCAGUAUGGAUUCAGCUAAGCACUCUCUGACUGAGAAACAAGCCAAGGAAUUGCGAGAAUCUCGUGGUCGAAAUCUUUUGGAGAAACUCAAUAGCAGGGAAAGGAAAAUUCAGGAUAUUACUGCUUCGUUUGAAGCGAGCAAAUCAAAACCUGUUCAUGCAGUUAAUCGCCAACUAGAACCGAAAAGAGUUCUCCCUCUAUUUCCUGAUUUUGACAGGUUCGAUGACCAGUUUGUGGUUGCCAAUUUUGAUAAUGCUCCAACUGCUGAUUCAGAAGUCUACAGAAAAUUAAAUGCAGUGGAUCGUGACGAAUAUGAGCACAAAGCAAUUAUGAGAAGUUACGGGUCAUCUAGCUCUGAUCCAAACAAAUCUGAUAAAUUUUUGGCUUACAUGGUUCCAUCGGUUGAUGAGAUAGAGAAGGAUAUAUAUGAUGAAAACGAAGAUGUCUCGUAUUCUUGGGUCCGCGAGUACAACUGGGAUAUGCGGAGUGACAACGUGGAUGAUCCUACUACAUACCUUGUCUCAUUCGAUGAAUCUAAAGCCAAGUACUUGCCUCUUCCAACAAAGCUGAUACUAAGGAAAAAGAGAGCAAGAGAUGGAAAAUCGGGAGACGAAGUGGAACAAUUUCCUGUGCCUAGAUCAGUUACAGUGAGGAGACGAACCAGUGUGUCUGUCGUGGAACUGAGAGACGAGGAGGACGAGGAUUUUGUAGCGCCGAAGGUUAGUAACGUAAAUCCAAGAGGCGGAAGGUUGCGUAGGAAUGUUCCGGACACAGAUGUGGAUAACUUCAGUGGGGCCGAGGAGGAUGACAUGUCAGAAUAGUUUGCUCCUGCUGGUUUAGUUUUAGAGUAAGAACAAUCAGAGAAAUGCAAAGACUACAUAUUUGUGAUUUUCAUUCUGCAUUUCUUUUUUCUUUUUUUUCUUCCCAACCAGAAACUGCAUAGAUGCUUUUUUUUUUCUUUUUUUUUUUCAAAUAUAAAUUGAACUACAGUUCUUUUAAUUAUCAUAGAAAAAAAGACUGCAUUUGUUGUAUGAUCUGUGUGACCUUCUUAUUA